UGCGUUUCAUGUCAUUCAAAAACAAAAAUAUCUUGUCAAAACUGGUAACACUGAAUUUAACGACGUUCUUUCGAGUGCGUGCGACAUGACGCGCCGGUGAAUUUAUAGAUAAAUUGACGUAAUUUUUAUUCACAUAUACCACAAAUAAGAUUUCACAAUGGCCGAUCAAGUGGACUCAAUGUCAGAUGCAGAGCUCCGGACAAAACUCGCGGAGCAUGGUUUCCCUGUUAUGCCAAUAACGGCGUCAACAAGGAAGUUGCUGGUCAAGAAGUUGAAACUAGUGCUCGAUAACAAGUCUAAGCCUCGCGUGGGCGGUGACAACAAAGCCGAGAGCAGGCGCUCACUCGCGCGGUAUUCAAGCGGAGAAGAGUCUGAUUUGGAUACCAGCAAUGCUCGCGAGAAACGUGCCGGCCGUCGCGCUACCACCGGUGGCGCCAUGUUACCGCCCGCCAGCAGCAAGACGCGGCGCGCGACGCCUAAGAAGGAUUCGCCGGUCAAGCAAGAUUCCGACAAGGGUUCUGAGUCUGAUGAGGAGAAAUCGCCCGUACGUACUCGUGAAGAGGUAGAGACGGUGACGACGCGGCGUAUGACGCGCACGUACGCGGCCAAGGACGACGACUACGAGACUGGCUCUGACAGUGACGUGGAUGUGGACCGCAAGACCGCCUCGCCCUUCCGAAGCCACUCGCGCUCUAGUGAUCAUAUCUCUAGUACCCUGCCCAUUAACGACGCUUCUACCAGCCCGCCCAAAUCAUCACUAUUUUCUCGGACAACUUUACCAAGCUCAAGCUACUCAUCCUCACUCUCAUCAGAACACUUAAAUUCAAUCCGGUCUCGGCUAGGCCUGACAUCUACAUUAGGCGACCGCCCGUCCGUAAGCAACUAUACUUCAAAUUAUACUACAAGUACUUACCAGCCCUCAACUUCUACAAUAGAUGAGGUAGAAUCUCCAUAUUUAAGUAAUUUCACAAAACGCCUGUCUGCCUUGAAAGCUGAACCUUCAAAACCCACAUAUGCUGACCGAGAUAUCAACAAUGGAAGCAGCACACUUUUGCCUCGCAGGUCCUACAUAUCGGGAGUGGCAAGACCUGAUGUGGUAGACUACAAGUCUGCGAAUGACAAAAAAUUCUUGAAAAACAACCUUGUGUCCCUUGCUCUGGUGGUCCUAGUAGUGGUUUUUUUUUUUUGCUUAUUUUUCAUGUAUAUAGUUAAGAGAAAUGAUAUCACAUCAGUGGUAGAUGAUCAGAGCAGUGUCCUGCCCAUUUGUCAAUUGAAUAUCCCAGGAAACCGGCCAGGCAUUAACUGUGUACCUCGGGAACAAAUCAGUUAUGCUAAAGACUUGUUGAAAGUCAUACAUCCAGAAUUAACUAAGAGAGUUGCUGAUUUUCAAUGUGGGAAGCCUGGUGUCCUCCCUUAUUUAACAGAAAGAGAAGUCCUAGAUAUAGCUGCUACGAGAGCUGACACCUCGGACAUCAGUCAGUGCCGCAUGGAUCUAAAUAAUCUAGAGGUAUUGCUUGUGAACAAUCCUCGCUGGGGUCUGAGUGUAGUGCAGCUUAAAAACUUGUAUUCGAGAGAUGCAGAGUUCUCUCCUAUAACAUCUUCUGAUGUAGUGGUGCAACAGCGCAACAAGGGAAGUGUUGCACUAACCAUAACUGACCCAUCCACACCCCUCUCUUGUCUCUUCAUUAACACCCUGUACUCCACUGGAUCAUCUCUGGUAGUAAUUGGACUGCUCACAUUACUGGCUCUGGGUUCCCAAAGGGGCUACAAAUACUAUGUUGCAUAUCGCAAAAGGAAGAGUGAUGAGAUCUACUCAAUGGUGGAGCAAAUAAUUGACGUAAUAUCUCAGGAGACUGAAGACAGUGGAGAACCGUACAUAUCCGUGGACCAUGUUAGAGAUACUCUCAUUCCACCCCAAAAUAGAGAAAAAAUGGCGUCAGUUUGGGAUGCUGCUGUGAAAUUUAUUCAGAGGAAUGAGAGCCGCGUGCGAAUGGAGGUUCAAUCUGUCGAUGGGGAAGAUUGCAGGGUUUGGCGCUGGUGUUCCGCUCACAGCAGCCCAAAACGCAGUGCAGCCUGGCAGGGACAGGCAUUUGAGACCCAGGAAGGCUCUGUAAACAACUUGACCGUAUCACCUACACCAUGCCUAAAGAUCCGUCACAUGUUUGACAAAAACGACACAAAUGACAACUUGAGGAUGGUGGUGCAGGAUGCAAUUCUGGAGAAGUGUGGUGAGCGCUGCAAUGUUUUGCAUAUUGAUGUCGACCGGGCUUCAUGCUGUGUCUAUGUGAAAUGUGCAAGCACGAGCGACGCGGGAGUGGUGUACCGCUCGCUGCACGGCUGGUGGUACGAGGGCCGUCUUAUAACUGUUAAGUACCUUCGCCUGGAGCGCUACAUGCUACGCUUCCCGAACUCUCCCUCCGUUGGGCCCUACCUGAAAAUGUCCCGUCCACGCCGCACUUGGGAUGAGUAACUACUAACUGACAAUUUUACACCAACAACUUUGCGGCUUCGACAUAGAGUACUUUAGUUGCCGCUUAGCGUAUUCUCAUACGGCCUGAUUAUUUAUAACAACUUGAUUUGUACUACGGCUGAUUUUUCCUACUUCAACUAAGCCAAUAUUAAAUCUCUGAAGAUGGAAGAAUCGGCCUCAAAUUAAUCUAUUAAAGUUUGUGUUAGUUGUACUCAUGUUUAGUGAAUGUAAAACUUACAAAUUGUAUCUUAAGCUAUUUGUUAUUGCAAGAAUUGAUUCUCCGAUGCUCUGCCUUUGUAAUUUAUUUGCUGAUGAAGUCUAAUUAUGGAUGCCGGAAUCGAUUCUUUCUCUUUCAUUUUAUUUAUAAGCAAUCGCAUAAUAUAAACUCUUAUGUAGUUCACUGGACAUUGUUAUGGUUAAUUUGAAUGCUAAUUCAUUUUGGUUCUUUUAUUAAUAAUUUAAAAUUUUAAUUUACUGACAUUAGAUCGAUAAAAGAAUCAAAGUCUUCAAUACAUUAAUGAUCCUCAUAAUAAUAUAUUUUAAUAGAAUUAUCACUUUCGAUUGAAUUCGCGAUGUUAUGUAUUUCGAAAGUUGUCAAUUAAAAUAGAUAACAUAUCAGUCAUUUCGGGCAUUUAAGUUUGUUGAGCCGAUCUGGCUAAAAAUCAUUUGGUCCUGAUCUGAGUAUUCAUUAGGUGCUGGUUGGAACACUAUGCCUUAUGUAGCUUUCCUCUCGCUUCAUGUUUAUUUUCAUAUAAGUUUAAACAUUGGCGUAGUUAUAUUGGUUAGGGUGUAGAUUUUUUUAAGUAUUGAGUAGUCUGUACCUUUUAUAUUUGAAUGCUGUCAUGAAACUUCACUUAAUAUUAUUACAUAGGAAGAUAGAUAAAUUUUACGUUGUUAGGUACGCACACAAUGCGUCCUUAUAUACUGGACUGUGUAAAUGGUACUGUAACCUGAUUUUUAAAGAGCGGGAAGGGUUAGGAUAGAUUUUCUAUAUAAGUACGCCAAUGAGUAGGUAAGUAAUAUAAUUAUAUGUCGCUCACUAGCUUAUGUCUGUAAAUAAAUGGCAUCACAAGUCGCUUUCGACACGAUGGGCGCAAGUCGUUGACUUGUUUUGUUACUGAAUUUACUGUUUUGGAAUAAAAUUGUUACAAAAAUAAUUGUAAGUAGGAUAAGUUAAGUAUUCAGAUUAAAUUUUCAUUAUUUUCAGUUCAGUCACUCACAGCACAACGUAAUAUGUGUUACAUUAAUAAUAAGUUUGACAUUUUUAUUUGGAUACUAACUGCUGUUUUAAUUUCUAGCGUUAUUUUAUGGAUUGAUUUUUAUUUUUUAAUAAAUAAUUUAAGUAUGA